AUGUCGUCUGCCAACGUGUCCACCAACGGCAGCGGCCAACACGGCCAUGCCGAGCCCAUCAAGGUCUUCGAGCUCGUCCUUGAGCAGGACGGAAGCCCCAGCGAACAGAAAUCGUACAUCAGGCUCCCAGCUCCCGUGCAGCCGUAUGUCCUGCGUUUCUCCAUCGAAGCCGGCUCCACCGCCUCAAGCGACGCUCGCCUCUACACCAACUAUUCAAACAAGCAAGGUGCUUUCGCGCGUACGUCCUUCGAGAAGACUCCCUUCACCUCCUCCGCUUCAUCGGCAAACCGAGUCGACCUUCUCAUCAAGACGGCUGGUGUCUUCGAGUUCUACGUCGAAUACACCACCGAUGAGAACGACCAGGCUGCUGGUGACCUCUUCGAGCGCAAGGAAAAGUCGUCAGCCCUCAAGAGGGGCAAGAGCGGCCACUUCAACGUCGAUCCGAUCCUCCAAGCUCCCGUGCGCAAGUCUAUCUUGAGCGAAAAUGGAAAGCCUCUCUCCGCCAAGGAGGGCGGAGGCGCCGUCACAAGCAAGAGCGACUUCCUCGCACUCGACGCCAUCGUAAUGCAGACCCUCAUCUCAAAAUGGGCUGGCCCGCUCUCAGAAUGGGGCGUUCACCUCGACUCGGCUCGAGAUGCUGGCUACAACAUGAUCCACUUCCCACCCCUCAACGUACGCGGUGCCAGCAACAGCCCUUACUCGGUCGCUGACCAGCAUGACUUCACCCAUGAUCUCUACCCCAAGGAGAUUCAGGGGCCGAGCCAGAAAGCAGAACGUGUCAAGCAGCUCAGAUCAGUACUACACAACAUGAAGACAAAACACGGCCUGCUCAGCAUGAGUGACGUCGUCUGGAAUCACACUGCUCACAACAGCGAGUGGCUCAACGAGCAUCCCGACGCCGCUUACAGUCCUGCCAACUCUCCUCACCUCCAGCCUGCCGACGAGCUUGAAAAGGCGCUUCUGGACAUCAACGGCCGUCUGCAGGAGUACGGCGUUUCCGAAGAGCUCCAUUCCGACUCUGAUGUCGCAAAGGUGAUCAGCGCGGUCAAGGAGCAUGCGCUGGGGCCCCUCAAGCUCUGGCAGUACUACGUCGUGGACGUCAAGGCAGCGAAGGAGAGCUUCCGAGCUGCCGUCUCCUCCUCUGGUAAGAGUGACUCACAGACAGGAGCGAAACCGAGCGCAGCGUCUCUCAAGGAUGUUGCCGAAAAGAUCCGAGCGUCUGCGGUGCAGAACGAAAUGACCUUGGCAGGUCGCUUCGCAACGACGAUUGACGCAAAAGCGGCAGUUCAGAUCAUCAAGUCCGAAUUCGACACGAGCGACGUCGAGCAGUCCGUCGACCUCUUUGCCAAGGUUGCGGACGAGGUCAAUGCAACUUACUACGCACUGUACGACGACGAUGUCAAGGCAAUUCUCAGCAACCUGGAAGGCCGCCUCAAGUUCACUCGCAUCGACUCCAACGGUCCCAAGCUUGGCAAAAUCUCGGCACAGAGUCCCUUCUUCGAACCAUACUUUACUCGCCUCGAUCCCAAGCACCCCAAAGCAGCUGGCCGAGACCCCAAGGAGCUCUCUCUCGCCAACAAUGGCUGGAUCUGGGCCGCCAACCCACUCGAAGACUUCGCAUCCAACAAGUCGCGAGUCUACCUCAGACGUGAACUCAUCGUAUGGGGAGACUGUGUCAAGCUCCGAUACGGUUCGGGUCCCAGGGACUCGCCCUACUUGUGGAAGCACAUGGAGGAGUACACCACCCUUCUCGCCUCCAACUUUGAUGCGCUUCGAAUCGACAACUGCCACUCCACGCCCAUCCACGUCGGAGAGCACUUCCUCGACAUCGCUAGGAGAGUCAACCCCAACGUCUACGUCAUCGCCGAGCUCUUCACCGGCAGCGCAGAGAUGGACGUGCACUUUGUCAGCCGUCUCGGUAUUAACUCUCUCAUUCGCGAGAUGGAGAAUGGUCACGACCCCAAGGAGGAGAGCCGACUGCUGUACCGGUUCGGAGUCAACAAGCCCAUCGGCUCGAUGGACGGUGCUUGCCUCACCACGGCCGCUAAGAUCUCGCUGCCCGAAGCCAAUCUGAAGGAUGCAGACUGCCUCGUCGAGCAGCUCAGCGGCUCAAGCCCUCACGCCCUCUUCAUGGACGUCACUCACGACAACGAGACUCCCACCAUGAAGCGCACGACCGAAGAUGCGAUCACCAUGGGUGCUCUUGUCGCCUUUUCCUGGUCCGCCAUCGGUAGCACCAAGGGCUUUGAUGAUCUUUUCCCCAAGACGCUUGAUGUCGUGCAGGAAAUUCGUCGCUAUCGUCCCAUCGCCAACCCAGAGGAAAGCGGCAUCGGCGCCGUCAAGCGCGUGGUCAACCACCUGCACAUCGAGAUGGUGCGCAACGGCUACUCGGAGGGUCAUGUUCAUCAAGAAAAUGACUAUCUCGUGAUGCACCGUGUGCAUCCACAGACACACUGCGGCUUCGUCUGCGUCGCCCACACGGCAUUCCACAAGGGAUCCAAAGAUCGAGGACAGGCUGGUCCGUUCAAGUUCGACCGCACCCGCGUCAACUACAUCCUCGGCAAGACGCUCGAAGUCAGCAGCACGGAGGUCGCUCACGAUCCUAAGUUCCUCGACGGGCUGCCCUCGAAGCUCAUCGACCUUGCUGAGCCGGAAGUGCGUGUCACUGAAGACGGCGGUCGUCUCCGCUAUUCCGAGGUUGUGGUGCCCGACUUCUUCCCGCCUGGAAGUGUGAUGCUCUUCGCCACCGAGAUGGAGAACAUCGACCGCGACAUCGACUCGCAAUGCCUGUCGGGUGCGGACGAAGCGAUGGCCAACCUGGAUCUCGUCGACCUCAACGCGGUCCUCUAUCGAGCCGACGGCGAAGAGAAGGAUGUGACAGAAGGCAACGACGGGGUAUACACCAUUCCGAGCUGUGAUCCACUCGUCUACUGCGGUCUCGAAGGCUGGAUGGCCGUGUUGCGUCCCAUCAUCCAGUCCAAUGACCUUGGUCACCCUCUGUGCGGUCAUCUGCGAGAUGGAACCUGGGCUCUCGACUACGUACACAAGAGACUACUAAAGCAGGUCGACGUGCUGCCUCGCCUGUCCGAACCGGCAAAGUGGCUUUCGCAGCGCUUUGAUCUCAUCAGGGAUACCGCGCCGAACUUCAUGCGACCCAAGUACUUUGCCCUUGUGAUCAAGGCUGCUUACGACGCUGCCGUUCGUAAGGCUCUUUCGCGCAUGUCCCCAUUCAUCAAGGAUGGCCAUGACUUUAUCAAGGCCUUGGCCCUUUGCGCGGUCCAGAUGAACGGCUUGGUCAAGUCGGCAUCCCUUUGGCCCGACAAGCAGGUCGGUUCCAUGUCUGCAGGUCUUCCCUUCUUCACCGCAGGAUGGGCGCGACUUUGGGGUCGUGAUGUCUUCAUCGCCCUUCGUGGUCUUUAUCUGGUGACCGGCAUGUACGGCGCAGCGCGAGAGCACAUUCUUGCCUUCGGCUCGACGCUCAAGCAUGGCCUGAUCCCGAACCUGCUCGACUCUGGUCGAACGCCACGAUACAAUUGCCGAGACGGUCCAUGGUUCUUUGCUCAGAACGUACAAGACUACACCAAGAUGGUGCCUGAUGGAGAGAAGAUCUUGAGCGAGAAGGUAGCAAGGCGCUUCCCGCUCAACGAUGAAUGGGUUCCAUGGGAUGAUGCUAAGGCGUACGCCCACAAGAGCACCGUCGCCGAGCUCAUCCAGGAGAUUCUUCAGCGCCAUGCUUCCGGCAUCCACUUCCGCGAGUACAACGCUGGUCCAGCCAUCGACCAGGACAUGCAUCCCGAGGGCUUCAACAUCGAUAUCGAUGUCGACUGGGACAGCGGCAUCAUCUUUGGUGGCAACGAGCACAACUGCGGCACCUGGCAGGACAAGAACGGCUCUUCCGCCAAGGCUGGCAACAAGGGUGUCCCUGGCUCGCCUCGUAACGGAGCUGCAGUGGAAAUCACCGCACUUCUCAAGAGCACCCUGAGCUGGGUCGCUGCGCUCGAGAAGAAGGGAGUCUGGAAGGAGGGCAAGGGUGUCGAGGCCACCGUCAAGGACCAGAAGAAGCUCGUCACCUACAAAGAAUGGGCUGACCUUCUGCAAAAGUCGUUCGAGCGCGCCUACUACAUUCCUCUGGAUGAGACCGAGGACAGCUCGUACGACCUUGACCCCAAGCUCGUCAACCGUCGUGGCGUCUACAAGGACGUAUACGGCUCUUCCAAGGGACGAGAGUGGGCCGAUUACCAGUUCCGCUCGAACUUCCCGAUUGCCAUGUGCGUCGCACCCGAGCUAUUCAAGCCGGAACACGCCAUGAACGCUCUCAACAAGGCUCGCGAAGUCCUUGUCGGACCCAUUGGUAUGAAGACGCUCGACGCUUCCGACUGGAACUACCGACCCAACUACGAUCAGCGCGAGAACGACGACCCUGCCACCUCGUGCGGAUGGAACUACCACAACGGACCCGAGUGGGGUUGGCUUCGCGGCUACUACUUGCGCGCCGUGGCCAUCUUUGGCGCCAAGGCUGGCGUCGAGCGUUCGGUGUUGAACCACCGCAUCAACAGCAUGACGCUGGACUGCCGCCAGCACAUCCGCUCAUCGCCCUGGGCCGGUCUUCCCGAGCUCACCAACGCUGAUGGUGCUCACUGCCCAGACUCGUGCUCGACUCAGGCAUGGAGUGCUGCAGCGCUUCUUGACGCAUUGGAGGAGAUGGCAAAGUGA